CAUUUGCUUCUGUAUACCAUGCGAGGAGAGACACAAACAAUUUCUCGAGAAGUUUAUCGCGGCCUUGAUCGAUUGCACCUUCGAAAGCGUGUCCCGUAAAAAUCCUGUAUUGAGAUGGAGGGAACCAGGUCACCUGCAAGAUAUAAUAAACUUCAGUUUAGAGGAGGAGCCACGAAGCCAGGAUAGUCUCUUAGAAAUGGCGAUUAAAGUUUUUAAGUACAGCGUGAAAACAGGCCAUCCCUACUUUAUGAAUCAGUUAUUCUCCGGAUUGGAUCCUUACGGUUUAGCCGGACAAUGGCUCACCGACGUAUUAAACUCUUCGGUAUAUACUUACGAAGUGGCACCUGUCUUAACACUGAUGGAAAAAACUUUAAUAACAAAACUGUUAAGUAUGUUUUACAAUGAAGAGAAUGGUUUUACGGUUGGAGAUGGUCUUUUUUGUCCAGGAGGGUCGUUCGCUAAUGGUAUUGCCAUUAACUUGGCUCGAUUUUGGUUUAGAAAGAAAUUUGAAAACAAUAAAAGUAUUCCAUCAUCAAAUUUGACAUUAUUUACAUCCGAAGAUGCACAUUAUUCGGUUUCUAAAUGGGGAAACGUGUGCGACGUGGAAGUUAUUCUAAUAAAAACAGACGAAUACGGUAGAAUGGAUGUCAACGACUUACGAGUUCAUGUAUUAGAAGAACAAAAGAAAGGGAAUUACCCGUUUUCUGUAUCCGCUACUGCAGGGACGACGGUUCUGGGCGCGUUUGAUCCGUUAAUUGAAAUUGCAGAUGUUUGCCAAGAAUUUGGUAUGUGGUUACACGUUGAUGCAGCCUGGGGUGGAGGUUUAAUAUUCAGCAGAAAACACAGUGUUCUCUUGAGAGGAAUACAAAGAGCAGAUUCCAUUUUAUUUAAUCCGCACAAAUUGCUGGCAAUUCCUCAACAGUGUUCAGUACUUUUGUCUAAGCAUGAGAAUAUUUUCAAGGAAGCACAUUCUAAACAAGCCCCUUAUCUCUUUCAAAAAGAUAAAUUUUAUUCCACUGAUUUAGAUGUUGGUGACAAGUAUUUACAGUGCGGACGUAGACCAGAUGUGCUGAAAUUUUGGUUCAUGUGGCAAGCUAAGGGUAGUUCGGGUUUUGAGAAACACGUGAACCAUUUAAUGACACUAUCAGCUCUUUUUAAAGAGGAGGUGGAGAAGAGGGAUGGCUUUGAAUUAGUAACGGAGUCAUGUUUCAUAAACGUAUGUUUCUGGUUCAUUCCACCAUCUCUGAGAAAUCAAAAUCUGUUGUGCGACUAUAAAAAUCAACUAAACAAAGUUGCACCAAAAUUAAAGGAGAAGAUGGUCAAAAGAGGCAGUCUAAUGAUAAAUUACCAACCGCUUCACGAAAAACCCAAUUUCUUUCGUUUUGUUAUUCAAAACUCUGGAGUGUCUACUCAGGAUAUUUAUUAUAUCUUUGAUGAGCUGGAGAAUCUUGGAGAAUUUAUGUAACUUUCUUAAUAUUCGAAAACCGCACAUUCGAUGUUAUCAGGCUUCAACGAUUUUAAAAACAAAAGGAGUUAACCAGGAGGAACCUAGCAAUCAGUUGACUUGAUUAGGAGAGAGACUACUAAAUUUCUGAUGCCAGGCUACGAAGCUAAUUCAUGGCUGUCUUCGUUGCAGAAACCGCGGCGUCGCGACGCGACGGUUGACUAAUCCUGAUUCAAGUGACAGCAUAUAGAGAAGCCCUAUGUAUAUCUAUACAACUACUUUUCAUGCUAUGUAGCGAAUUGAUUUACAACCAAGUCAAAUCGAAUGGUUUCCCAUCGAAACGAGAAACUCUUUCGAUGUUAUUUUUGAAUCUCGUUCGAUUCGCUAUUUUAAAAUGAAAUAUGUUGUUUUCUAUUUACGAAUAUUUGUUUUAGUUUAAAUCAGAGUAUUAUCAAUGCUAUUUUAUUCAAAAUUGCGUUUUCUGAAUGGGUUAUAGAAGUUUUUAGUUUUAUGUCGGUACUUAGCUAUUACGUCCCGUAUUUUGUUAAUGUAACUGUUUAGUUAGUUUCUGUAAUCUGUAUACUUAUGUUCAGUAUAAAUGAUUGAAGAUUAUUUUAUUUUAUAUAACAAUAAAAAUAUAGUGUACGUUGCAGACAAAUUUUUAAAAGUAUAUUCCUAGUUUAGUGAUACAAUACUUUUUAAUUAAUGUUUUACAACAAAAGAAAAGUAUUAUAAUAAAUUUAUGUUAUAAGCAUGA